AUGUCCUUCUCCUCGGAAAGGUUUUCUUUUAGGAUCCCGUUGCUGGAGUCGACGAGAUACUAUCCCAACGUGUUUUCAGAUCCGACAGCCUCGGCGACACCUUUGAAGGCGUCUAACACCACAGUGACAAGCCAAACGCCUCCGUCUCAUUCUAAACGAGUCACUCAUAGCCAAAUAUACGAUGCUUUUGCAACUCCGCUAAAAACAGCUCAUUUGGACCCCACUGUGAUUUCGAAUUUCGACCAGAACUUGAUGAUUAGAUCUAGUUAUUUGUCUCCAGCAUUAUCAUCCCCUCAGCAGCAGCAGCAACGGCAACAGAAUCAGCAGGAUCAGCACGCGGUUGAUUCUUCGCUCAAGUCGAAAUCGUCCCUGGCCAAGAAACCGAAAAAUAAACCAUGUGAAAGCCCAGCGCCGCCAACCACCUUCAAUCUAUACUCGGAAGACAAGCCUCCGUAUUCCUACGCCACCUUGAUCGGCAUCUCGAUCUUGUCUCACCCGGACAAGAGAUUGACCUUGUCUCACAUCUACCAGUGGAUCUCAGACACUUUUAAAUUUUACAGAAAGGAAGAUGUCGGUUGGCAAAACUCGAUAAGACACAACUUGUCCUUGAACAAGGCGUUUGUUAAAGGAGAAAAAUCCAAAGACGGGAAAGGCCAUUUCUGGUGCAUCAAACCGGGUUACGAAGAGCAGUUUUUGAAAAGCCGAAGCGUGAAGCGCUCUUCGUAUCAUCAAGUCAUGGACCAGAUAAACCAGGCAACACGCAUAAAUGCUGCAAACGCCGCCGCUAAAAAGGCUGCCGAAGAAGCUGAGGCAAAAGCCAAAGCCGAUAAAGAGGCUCAGGAGGCGCAAGAAGCGCAAGAGGCAGAAGCAAGGAAAGCAGUGGCUGCUGCGAUUGAGGCUGCACAAGCAGAAACUCGUAGUGCUCAAAUCCAAAAACAAAACUUGUUGUUGUCGUCGCCCACCUAUUUCAAAAAGAGAAGUCUCCCUUACGAUGAAGAACAAGAGCAUGAAGAAGACAUCACCGUGCUUGACCCACCCAUGAAGAAAAAAUUCAAAUCUGAGCAGAAUAGCCACGAAGAUAACAUUGACACCGCGUGGCAAGUUCUAGAUAACGAUCGAUCUAUAAAAUUACCUCCCAUCACCCUGCUUCCCACCUUGUCAAGCACACCAACGCAACCAAGAAUCAUCUUGAACGAUGAUUUCACCUCAGCUUCGCCUGAAAAGCCCCUCUUGGCGGAAAAGAACCUCACUUAUACAUCUUCCUUCAGUUGCAAUUCCAAUUUCGAGCUUUCUCCAUUGCGGACAAGUGAAACCGGCCCCUUGCUCGAGCCACUCACUCCAGCAAAUAACUCAUACCGCAAUACAGUCAGCCUAGCAGCCAUCCAACACCUUUCGCAACUGCUGCAUCAACAUCAACUGCAGCAACUGCAACCUCCCUCACAACAACUGCAUCAACAACAACAACAACAACAACAACAACAACAAUUGCUUCAACCACUGCUGCAUCAACAUCAACUCCAACAACCUCCCCAACAACAACAACAACAACAACAACAACUGCAACUGCUGCUGCUGCUGCUGCUGCUGCUGCUGUCGCAUCCUUCGCAUAUUUUCCUCAACAAGAGAACUCCCAAAUCCAUCAAAAUGACACCGCUCCGAGCCAGUGGGAUACGCAAUACACCACUGACAAACUCAAUAAUGAAAAAACUAUGGAAUUCGCCGUCGUAUCUCGACGAUUUCUACUUUAGUCCCUCGUUGAACGCUUCCACGUCUUCACAGCUAAUGGGCCAUUCGUCAAGCACAUUGUUCAACUUGACAACAACACCGAGUGCCGUGGUUCAUUCGAGACCUGCAUACGUCACAGGGGCACUAUCGCAUUCAAAAUUGAGUAGCGUUGUAAGUGGAGGCAGUAACGCGGCCGGAUUGGCAAGCUACGAUGACGACGACAUGAUUCUAAGAAACAUGAAUCACCAUGGACUAUCGAUACAGCUGAGUCCCAUUGUGAAGAAAGACUUUAGCCAAAGUCGCAACGGCGGCAUCAUGACUACCAACGGCCACCUGGAUAGCAUCAUUCAAAAAUUGAGGAACUUGGAGAAACAAUAG